UGUGGAGGUUAUUCAUAUAUAUAUAUUAAGAUUAGUUCAUUUAUCUGGUUAAGAAAUUAUUAGUUUCUAAGAAAUAUAAGUAAUUGUUAUUGUUUGAAGCACUGCGACACACAAUCAGGGAUUAUUACUUAAACAAGUCUGUGUUUUAAAACAACUGGAAUCGAUUCACUUGUGUUGUUACUCUAUUCAUGUGAAUUUGAUAACAUUUAAUUACACUGCACUUCCUUUUGAAAAUAAUCUUACUGGUAUUCAUACAAGGAAUAUUAUUUUUGUGAUAUAUGUAAGCUGCGAAAAAGAGUGUUAUGAAACAAUACCUGCUAACAAAAAUUUAUAAUUUUAUUGAAACAGAAAAAGGAUAACAAGUUUUAUCAAAACAAAAUGUGAAUAUUCAAUAUACUGUGUUAUGAUUAUAUUUUAUCAUCAAUUCCAAUAAAGAAUUUUACAAAAUGAUUAAAUCACAGAGUAAAGGAAGAAUUCCUGUCUUAAAAAAUGGAGCAGAAGCAGAAAAACCAAAGUCUGAAGCAUCAGGAAAGUCUGAAUCGGCAAGACCCAAAUUAUUCAGGAGUAGAAGCAAAACGGAUAAAGCCAAAGAUGCAGAGAAGUCGAAAGUAAAACCUGAAAAAACAAAAACAACAAAGGAAGAUAAACAAAAACAAAAACUGGAAGAAAAAGAAAAGAAGAAAGUAAAGAAAGAAAAAGAGAAACCAGAAAAGGAAAAGAAGAAACUAUUCAAGUCUUCAGAAAGAACCCAGUCAAAGCUUUUACCGAAGACAAAAGUGACAUCACCAACCAAAGCAGCAGAAUCAAGAAAAGGUUCAGCAAUCCCAGAAUUGAAAAAAUCUCCUGAAGAGGAGGUGGAAAAGGUUGAAGAUGCGACUUUGAUGCCAGUUAGCUCUCCUAAAAAGACUACACCAAGUCCUGAACCUCAAUAUGAAGUAGUGGCCUCACCAAAGAAGAAGAGUGAUAACAGCUCUCCAAUCACAUAUCAACUCAAGGAAGUAAACUCUGAUCCAAAAGGGGAGACAACUCCUAGCAUCAGUGAAAGUUUGCAGACGUCGUCGGAAAGUAUUGACACCAGCUUAAAUGAUAGUGUCAUAAGUUACGAUUACAGUAAAUAUGAAAUAAACAUAUCAUAUGGUAGUGGGGAAGACAGUUCAAGGGCAGAUAAUUGUACGCCUACACCUUCUGCUUUGGGAGGGACUGAGCAAAGUAGCAGUAGUAGCAGUCAGCCACAGUAUUACGAAGACGUUCGACAAAUGUAUCAUUAUCAGUUGACAGAAGCAAUGAGUGAGGAAGAAAGGGAACAACCAUAUGAUCAAGUUGGGUUCAAAGAAUGCCCACGUUCACCAUCUGCCCGUUCAGAUCCUGGUGUCUUGGAAGACACUCCUGCUAAACCAAACAGAAUUCGUUAUGGACCCGGUAGAAGACAAGUUCCACGGAGACAUACCCUCGGAUCUCACUUACUCAGACAAGCUGGAGAUAUUGAGGACCCUGAGGAUAAACGAGCAGCAUUUAUGGAAUUACUUGCUCACAGAUAUCCAGCAUAUGCCGACAGGAUCUAUUGCGGCACACAGGGUGAACGGAUUUAUAGCGGAACACAAAGUGAAUUAUCAUAUCCUAUUAAGCAAUCCCGCCCACGUGAUCCUCGUCGACGCCAAACAACCAUCGUGACAUAUCAUCCUAACAGAUCACUGGAAUAUGACGACUCUGGCACAAUGUCCGAUCUGGAUGCUCCCACAAAUAGUUUUAGUCGGGGAGGAUUUCAGAGGUCGAGUUUACCAAUAGUCCGCACACCUUCUAGUACCCUAGAUAGAACGCUAGGUCUUGCCUUUCUAGUUUAUGGUACAGAAACGAAGAAAUGUUUACUGCCUAAUGAGAUUACUACACUAGAUACAGUUAGAGCUCUGUUUGUCCGAGCAUUUCCAGAAAAAUUAUCUUUCGAAUUUUUGGAGUCUCCACGACAAAAAAUUUAUAUCUUAGACCCGAAAACAAAUAUAUUUUUUCAACUAGAUGACCUAAGUGAUGUAAGAGAUAGAGCUGUAUUACGAAUACAUGAAUGUGACAGUGAUAAACCACAGAAAUUAAAAGAUCAACCCCGAGUCAGAGGUCGGGCAAUAUCAGCUCCACCAGAUCGUCAAGCUCAUAACUUAAGACCAACUGGUCACUAUGGCGAACCAGGACAAAGAAGGGACGAUUAUGCUAAAGUUCCUGCUCAGCCUUAUCAUACACUUAUGGUGGAUGGGGAUAAUAGAAGUCAGUGGGAAGUAGAGCGGAGGUCACGUUCUAGGUCAAGGACACCUGAUCCAGAACGACCAAAAUCAUUACCGAAUCGUUCCAGAUAUUCUCCUGACCGACAUCCAACGCCUGAAAGAGGCUUACUUGGCACUAUUCCUGAACAUCAUCUAAUUCAAAAUGGUCGUCCAGUUCAAAAUGGGGGACCCUAUGAAUCAGUUCAUUAUCAACGACCACAAUCGCAACCCACAUCUCCGACUAGACCAAGUCGGCCAUUCUCUCCUAACCCGACAAGUUAUGAGAAUCCAUACUAUGCCUAUCAUGUGCCGCCCUCUGGUGACUACUAUCAAACACAGAACGGAAAUGUGCAGACAUAUCCUGGAAAAAGUUCAAGAGCUCCAGCUAACAUCCCACCACAUAAACCAGUUCCACAACAGACUGAUCCACGUAAUGGUAAUAGACAUCCUUCCUCUAAUCGCCACUCUCUAGCCUUCGCUCCAAUGACAACAGCUCGACCUCAGCCAGAAGGUUAUUAUCAGCGACCUGCCAGAUCGCUACAGUCAGAGGAAGAUGAUGCAUUUUCACAACCAAGAACAGCUACACCAGUUCCAGAAUAUUACCAUUCCAAAAAAAGAAUAGAUAAAAUGGAGGAACAGUUAGCUAAUCUGGCAGCAUGGGUACAUAAAUCUGCUACCGACAGUCUUGGCAGACGUAGUACCAGUAGUAAUGCAUCUGAGAGUACUGAAACUCUUCCUAUAUCUUCUGCUAGCAAAAGCGUGAGAUUGAAAUUAAAUUACUCAGGUUUAUCAGGUAUUUCGGAUGGUAGUAGUAGCCAGAGAACUAUACAUACUAUCACAUGUUCUAAUGAAAUGAAAUUAAGUAUGGUGGCCAUUAGAGAAAAAACUUGUAAUUUACGACUAGAAUUACGAGGUUUACGUCGAGCUCAACAAGUCAAUUAUGAAGAUAUCUGUGAUGCCAUAAAUGAUACUUUAUAUAGAAUUAAGAAAGUGUUGUUGUCGACACCUGGAGCCUGUAGUCAGUUAAUACGUCAACAGCGUCAUGAGAUAGACACACUGCAUGCUUCUUAUAGAGCAGAUCAGAAAAAAUUUGAGAAAGACCUAAGUGAUUUAGAGGACAGUGUAGAAGAAUUAAGGAAUGAUGUUGUAUCAAGACAGUGUAGAAUACAAAUGUCGGAUAUUGAAGCCAUGGCUUUGUUACUUAGUAACAUAACAAAAUCUAUAGCUGAUUUAAAAGCUCGGUUUCCACGACUACAGGAAAGAAUGAAAUCAGUGAUGGCAGGGGAAAUGGAGGUGGUUGUUACAGAAGAAAAGUUUUUAAAAGAAGAACCAGAUCGAAUAGAUGGUUCUUUAAAGAGAUGUAAAAAACUAACAGGAACACUGUAUACUCUUAAAAGGUUAGCUUCUGUACAAGACCACCGCCCAUUGAAUGUUCCAUAUGUGGCCAGUAAAACGAGUGAUCCUAGCAAUGAAGACAAGUAUGGUGUGUUAGAAAAUAUACGAGCCAUAGUUCCUAAUCACACAACACGUUUAAAUAGUUUAGAGGAAGCUGAAAACUCCAGAGAGAGAAAGAAAAAAAUUAUUCAGCAGCAAGAAUCCUUAAAGUUUGGUAAAACAUUAGAACUUGCUACAAAAUCUUUGAAACCAACUGAAGACUAUUCCAAAGAUAAUAUAAAGCAGGAACCUUUGGUGGCAAGUUCCUCGAAUAAAAAUAUCAUUGCUGGCAAACCAAAUGUAGUUUAUUCUAAUCAAGUGACUUCAGGACCAGUUAAGAGUCUUCCAUCUCAUCCACAGCCACAGACCACAUUUGAACAAAAGCAGCCAGCUUCAACUGAAGUAACCAUGUCAGCAGCAGGAAAUGCACCUCCUGUAGUGACAUCUGUACCCACCAUGUCUGUACCAGUAUCGCCGACAACUGUUGCCUCUCAAGAUGUUGUGGAGAUCAACAACCAAAAACUUGCUGCUCGAGCUGCCUUCUUCAGUUCCAUGAGUUCUCCAGACUCUUCUAAUCAAACUUCUCCAGCUUCAUCUGAACCAUCGCCUACCAAAAACGCCACUGAAGUUGGUGUUUCUCCGCCGAGAACUACUAUGGAUUAUGUGGUGAAAUUUACUCCUGCUCAAAUUUCCAGUAUUAAGGCAGAUACUACAACAUCUGUCACAAGUUCCACAGGAACGUUACCAACAGCAAAACUCAGUGAUCAAGUGUCAAGCUACCGCCCUAAUAAUCUUACAACGAAAUCUCCAGUAUCUCCUGGAACAAAAGAUCCACUAUCCCCAACAACAAAACUAGGAUCCAAUAUCCCUAGACCAUCGGGAAAAACAUCCCCUUCCUCAGAUCCACAAAAUAUGAAACCAGAGAUGGAAGUAAAGAUAAAGAAGCAACCCCCUCCUCCUCCUCCUAGGAAGAGCAGCCGAUUGCCUCUGGGCUCCCAUAAUGUCAAUGGGACAGUUUCUCCGGUAAGAGCUUUCUCUCCAGAAAGUACCCCUGUGGAGGUUAAGCCUAGUAAUAUAGAUUCUACGCAUCCUGUAGUUUAUUCCUCAACACCAAAACCCAUUCCACCUAAGAAACCAGUCAGCAAAUACCAAAAGGACCUUAUGGCGGGAAUCUAUGCAAAUAUGAACCGCCCUGAUCUUCAGAGUCAGAAGAGUCCUCCUCAACAUGAGAAAUUACCAAGUGCUCCUGAAACCAAAACCAACAUUCUCUUAGAUCGUGAAGGGAGUAGCGAUAGUACCAGUUCAAGCACCAGUCUGGAUUCUCAGAUUGGUGGUGCAGUUCUUCGUAACAGAGAUAGCACUGGCAGUAAUGGAUCCUUAUCCAGGAAAUCAAAAAACAAACCCAACCCUCCGGAAAGACGUUCAAGUUUAUUGUCAAAUUCUCCUACACGGACAACAGACAAUAAAACACAGUUAUUACAAGAUCAGACUCUGUUGUUAAAUCAACUACAACAACAACAAACCUUGUUACUCCAACAACAUAACAACUUAGUUCGCUCGACAAAUAGUCCACCCGCUGUAUUACCUAAACCAACCAGUCCAGUCGCUUCACAAAAUGGAGAUAAAAAAUGAAGGGAUUAUAUAUCUUGGACGUAUACAGACCAUAAUGUGAAAUAAUGAAUUGCAUAUAUAUAUAGAAUACAGUAUGGAAAAAUUGACUGACAAAGGAAUGAGAAGGAUUAUUUUCCUAUCUAUAUGUGAUGUUGAUAGUUCUGUAUAGUCAUAGAAAUCAG